AUGGCCAAAGAAAUUGAAGAAUAUUUUAUCAAAAGACUGUCCUCCUAUCUAUUAGAAUACUUAUAGGAUUUCUCAUAAAAUAACAUGGCUAAAGUAAAUUGAUUCUUAAUUAAUUUAGUUUUCUUUGGGAAUUUCAACCAAUAUUGUAUUAAAGAAUUUGUCCAUAAAAAAACAAGCUUUGCUUAAUUUCAAAUUCCCGCUCUAUAUUAUUGAUGGCAAAAUCAAUUCGAUCACUUUGAAUGUAAGUUUAUGAAGUUUAAACCUUUACAGAUGCCUCUUAACUAUAAAAAGCAUUAACCGGAAUUAAUCAUUGAAGGAGUAGAACUGCUUGUUUGUACCAUUUAAGAGAUCAACAAAUUUACUCAAAACAAAGAUUAUUAAUAAUAAGGAGUAGAGAAUUUGAAGAAGCAUAAAUUAAAGUUAUGGGAAGAAUAAAUGGCAAAAUAUUUUGAAAAAUUAUCACCACCGAAUUGGAUUUAAAAAAUAGUAGAUGGGAUUUUCAAUAAUAUGUCAAUCAUUAUAAAGUAGUUUAAUAUUAGAUUUUGCAAUUUCUCAAUACUUGAAAAUGAGACUAUUUUCAGAAUUAAAUUUGAUGCAUCUAUUAAAGCAACUGAUAGUGAAUUCAAAUAAAAUUUUAACAAUGAUCUCAAUAGUACAUUUAAACUUUUACAAAUAAAUAAAUUGAGUAUUUCAUUAAAAAAAGAUCCAUCAUCUAUUCUUACUAAAAAAGAUAUACAAAUGAUUCUAAUGCCAGUAGAUAUUGAAAUUAAGUAUACUCUUAAUAAAAAUUAUGAAUUACUUACAUAACCUAUUAUGGUUCUAGAGGCAUUAAUUAAAUCUCCUGUUAUAUUCCAAUUAAAUAAGGAAUAAAAAAACUAUUUAAUUAAAUUGAAUGAGGUACUAUCAAAUUAAGAAAUUAUUUAAGAUAAUUUUCAUCUUAGACCUACAAAAGAAAUAAAAAAUAGUUAUUCAGAAUGGUGGAAAUAUUUUAUUAAUUCAAUUAUUCUAAAGUAAAAGAGUUAGAAAUUGGAUCUUAGUUUUUCAUCUAAAAAAUUAGUAUCUAUGAAAAGAUAUAUAUAAUUAUAUAAGAGAAAAUAAAAUAUUGUAUUAGUCCCAUGGUUGUCAUAGUGGACUGCAAAAGAUGAAAUUAAAUUUAAAAAUUGUGAGGAUAAUUUACCACUUAAGGAUUUAUUAAAAUAUAGAGAAUGGGCAUUUUAAGAAAUUAGAAUGGAAGCAAAACGAUAUUGUAAUUCAGCAAAAGAUGGUUAAAAUGAUUAGAGUGUUAAACCAUUACUUGAAAUAUGGACUAAUACAAUUAAUAAUUAAAAUUCCUUUAAAGAUCAUACUAAAAGAAAUGAUGAUAUCCCUAUAGAAUUAGAAGAUGAUGAAAAGAUUAAUUUAUAUGAAAUUUUAGAAAGAGAUAAAACUAAUGUAUUGACUAGUUAUUUAAAAGGAGAAAAUAAUCAUCCUAAUUAAUUAAAAAUUGAUUUUAAAUUAAAAAUCCAUUCUAUUUUUUUUUUGAUUUUUCAUCAUCGAGAAUAGAAUUGUGUUAAAUAUACACCUGAAAAUACAAAGAUAUUUAAGUUUUGUUAAUGUAGGUAUCAUCUUAAAUAAUUAAAAAAAUAAUCAUCUUCAAGAAAGAAAUAAAGAUAAUCAUCUAAUGUAAACACUCUUACUUAAAUUUAAAGUGAGGCUUUUAAGUAGAAUGAAGAUAAAAUAUUUUAUUCAGUCAAUUAUAUAGAUAGUUUUUAUGAAGAUAUGGAAGAUCUAAAUGGAGUAGGUUCUGAAAUAUCUCAAUCAUCAAAUCGUUAAGAAAAAGUUUAAAAUAAAGAAUAACAAUAAAAUGAAAUAUAACCAUUACAUUAAAGAUUUGUAUUGAUGAUUAGUUUCAUUGGAAUCAGAGUACCACUACAUAUUUAUUAAAAUGGUGGUAUUGAAACUCCAUAACCAAAAGGAUAGAAGGAAUUGGAAGAGAAGAUUUAUAUAGGAGAUAUUAAAUUAAUUGCACCUGGUAUUUUGUUGAAAAUAAUGGAUGAAAAGGAACCUUAGAAUUUUCUGCAAUCUCCAUUAUUUGGAAAAUCAUCUGAUGGAUUUUAGAGAUAAGUAAAAUAAUCAAAUUAAAAUUCAAAAUCAUAGAUUAAGUAUUGUGAAUUCUUUAAUGAAAUUUUUGAAAUCUCAGUUACUAAAGAUUCUUAAUAAUUUUUAAAUAGUGAAAUAUGUUAUUAAAUGUUAGGAGAGUUUUUAAAAUAGAAUAAAAUGUAGAAUAUAAAAAGUUUUUUAGAUGAUUAUGAAAAAGAUAAAAAUGGAUUUUAAGAUUUUACUAUUGAUUAAUUUAAAUCUUAUGAUAAAUAUUUUGAUGAUAGAUAAGAUCCAGAAGACCCAUUAUUUAUUCAUAUAUCUAAAUAGUAUAUGCCAAAUGAGAAAAGUGAGAAAAAUGAAAAAAAGCUUUGGGAUUUACUUAGAAAUGUCACUAUUAAUAUUAAUGAAAGAGAGAAACCAAAUCAAUGGAUUAUAUGUGAUAAUAGUGAUAAACAUGUCUUUCUCUAAGAAGCACAUAAUAAAGUUGUUGAUAUAAUAAGAAGAGUCUUAUUUAUUCCCUUUAUUGAAGAAUUUGGAGAAUUGAUCUUACCUACAUGUAUCAGUAAUCUAAAGGAUAAAUUGACAUUUCCUUAAAUGCAAACUAAAAAAGAAUAAGAUCAAGAGAAAUAUGCAUUAUAAAUCUAUUUAUAUCUUAGAGGAGAGUAUUCAGAAUACAGAAUUAUUAAAAACAAUGAAAUAAAUAAAGUUCAUUCCAAAGAAAUUAUUUAUUAAAAUUAAAAAAAAUCAAAAAGUAAGAUUAAGAUUAAAAUAACUGCAUUUACUUUUUUAUUAUCAACUAAAGCAGUUACAUCUUUGAUUUAUUUUAUGGAUAAUUAGAAAUAACACAUUUUUGAAUCAUAGUCUUAUAAAUAAUGUAAAGAAGAUCAUAAAUUAUUAUAAUGUAUAGUUAAGAGUAAACCUUUGGCAAAGGAGACAAUAAAAUAAUAAUAAUUAAAGUUCUCUCUUAAAAUGGUUGAUAAAUUUAAGAUAAGAAUAGUUACAGAUUCUAUUGCAAGUAAAAUAAAAACAGAAUUGAAACUUUAAUUUAAGAAUUUAUUUAUAAAAACAAUAAAUUUAGAGAAGAUGCGUUAAGAUAAAGAUUUCAAGAAUUUUUUUACUUAUGUAGAUAAAAAUAAAAUGGAUAAUUUUUUUUAAGAGUAAAAAUUCUAUAGCAUAAAUAAAAUUGUAUUAGAAUAAUUUCAGAUAGCUCAUAAAUAUUUUUCAAUUGAUUAUAGAUAUUAUAAUGAGGAAAUGAAAAACUAUGAAAAUUAAAUGUAAUCUUCAAGAAGUGGUAAGGAAUAAUAAAAUUCACUUUAAUCAUCUUUAUAAAGAAAUAAUAGUUAAUAGCUCUUCAAGCCUAUUUAAUUUCCAUUAAAACAUGCAUUUACUACAAAAAAUCAAUAAGAAGAUAAAUAAUCUAUAGGAUAAAUUUAAUUAUAAACUAAACCCAUAAAUAAAAUAUGUGGAAUUAAAUCUAUAAUAUUGGAAUCUAGAUUAUUAAUUUUUUCUUUUGAUUCUUUAGUAGAGAAUCAUCCACUAAUUACAGAUAAGAAAUUAUAUAUUUAAAUACCAUAUUUUGAUUUUUAAAUUAAUGAUUCAUAUACAUGUUUAUUUGAAUUAUUAAUGAUUAUCAACAAAAAUUUAAAAUAAAAAGAGAAAAUAAAACAUCCAGAAUUUAGAUAUUAAAUGAGUAAAGAUAGUUUAAUGAGAGCAGAAUUACUUGUAUUAUAGAAUGAUCAUAAAAAAUAAAAAAAGGAUUGUAAACAUUGUAUUUUAAGAUUUCGUAAAAGUUUGUAUUUGAGUAAUAUUAUUUUUGGUUCAAUUCCAAAAAUUUAAAAUGAUAUUAAUUUGUUUUCAUUAUUUGAAUUCGAAAAUUAUAUGAUAUAUUUAAGAACACAAAAAAAGAAAAUUGAUGAACAAAAAAUUUCAAAAAAACAUAGUUAAGUAACUUUUAUUGAAACUCAUACAAAUUCAGGAAUUUCAAUUGCAUUUAAAAGUACUCCAAAAACAAGUAAAAGUGUUUGUUAUGUUACUAUUUUUGAAAUGCCCCUAUUUAUAAUUACUCAUGAUAAAGGGUAUUUUAAAGAUACUAUAGCAAUUCAUUGUUAAAAAACUAAAAAUAAUGUAGAUAUGUCUUAAUCAAAUAAAUUAGAAAUUCCAAUUAAUCACCCUUAAAUUGAAAAAUUUAAAUCACUUAAUGAAGCAUAAUCUUUAAAACCAUAAUAAUAUAAUAUAAUAGAUGAGAUCAAUGAAUCAAAUAUUGAAAAAACUCAAAUUAUCUUUGAACCUUAAUUUUUUGUUUAAGAAUCCUAAAUCUUAAGUGAUAAAUUAGAUGAUAAAUUUGUAUUCUAUUGUAGAAACAAAGAAUUAGAAAUGUUCAAUCAUGAUUUUGUAGAAUAUGAAGAUAAGGAUUAAUAAUCAUACAAUGAUAUAUUAGAUUAAUAAAUUGUUAAAGAUCCAAUCUAUUUACUAUUCUAUUUUCAUAGGCCUUUAAGAGCCAAUCUUUUGUAAAAUGUGGCUGAAGAAAUAUAUUAAGAAAGACAUUCAAAAAUGAAACUCUUUUUUGCUAUUGAAAAUAUCAAAGCCACAUUUAUUAAUUAAUUUGCAACUUAUAAUGUUAUUACAAUAUUGAAAAACAUAUCAACAAUAAUGAAUAUAUAGGAAAAUGCCUUUAAUUUGAUUAAUAAGGAUCUCUUAAAAAAGGAAAAGUACAAAGUUAAAUUAAAAGAUAAUCCUUUAAAAAUUAUUGAUGAUUUGAUUGUUUGUGCAAUCAUUUAAAAUAUUUAUUUGAAAUCCAAUGAAACAUUCUUUAAGCUUAAUUAACUUAAAGUGUUUGUAUAAAUAUACUUAAUGGAAAGAUAGAGAUUUAAUCCAAUAUAAAAAAGAACUUUUUAAAGUUAUUAUCCAUAAGGUAUAAACAACAAUUAGGUUCCUAAAAAUAGAUCCUCUAUAAACUAUCAAGAAAAAGAUUAGAUCUUACGAUGUGAUACUAUCAAAUUUAAUUUUAAUUAGGUUUCUUAGGUAGAUAUUAUUAAAAUAGUGUUGAUUACUAAAAGUAAAGGAGAACUUAGUUUAUCAGUUGAUGAUAUUCAAAUAAGUAUUAUGGGUAAAUAAAAGGAGAAUCUGUUAGUUAUGCCAGGAAAGGAUAUAGGAGGUCAAAGAGCUAAGUAUGCUUUACAUAUUAAUUUAUCAUUCCAAAAUUCAUAUCCUUUAGUGAAGGCAUAAGUGGAAUAGGCCAAAAUAUUACUUUCCCAAUAAAAAGUUUAAGACUUAUUGAUAGCAAUAAAUAGUUUCUAUUUAAUAAAUGUAGAAGAAACUAUUUCAUUAAAAUAGCAUUUAUUGAAAUUCAUAUUUUAACAAGAACUUAAUGCUUUUGAUAGGGAAGAUAAAUAGGAAAAUAUAUUUAUUAAUUAAAUCAAUAAUUAUAAGAAGGCUUAUAAGUUUGCAUUUGAACUAAUAAUAGAUUCAUUGAUUAUCAAAUUAUAAGAAUAAGAGAAAGACUUUUUUUUAUUUCAAUUUCAUUCAAUUUAUUUAAAUAAGAAAAAUUAGACCAAUGUUUAAUUGUCAAUAUAAUAAAUAGAGAUGAAACCAUAGAAUUCAUAAGGAGAAAAAACCAUAUUUUAAAAUUUGAUUGAACCUAUUGAUAGUAAUGAAAUAGUUGUUUUCAAUAUAGAAAAUAAGAUAAUUACAAUAAGAAAUAUGAGAUUUUAUUUAAUAUCUAGAUAUAUUAAUGAACUAUAAGCAUUUAAAUUAAGAGUGGAAGCAAUAUUGUAAAAGAAUUUAGAUGAAUUGAAAGAAAAAUAUUAAAAAGAUUUUGAUUUAUAAUUACAAAUAAAACAUGAAGAGGAUUUUCUCAAGGAGAAAGAUAAUUUUAAUUAUUAAAUUGAAAUUACAAAUUCUUAAUUUGUCUUACCAGAAACUUCUUAAGAUAAUAAUUUGAUAAUUGCUACAUUUGAGAAAGGAUAAAUCAAUUUAACAAAAUAAAAAAUAUAAUUAAAAAUGCCAGAAACAGAUUAUGAUCUAAAAUAAUAAGAAUAAUCAAUUAAUGAGUCUUUAUUUAUAGAUUAUAAAGAAUAAAUACAACCAGAAAAAGGAGAGUUUUAUGUUAUAAAUAUGUUUGGUUGUUUUGAUAAUGUUUUAAUCAAGUAUUAAUUACAUAACAAUUAAAAAAUAGGAGAAUUAUUAUAAGCUGGUAUUUAAUUCUAUCUAUAUUAUAGAAUAGAUAACCACAAAUAUGGAUAUACCUAGUUUCGAAUAAAAUUGUGGUCAAACUUAAUGGAAAUUUAAGGAUCAAUGUAAAUUAGAAAUUAAUAAAUUAAAAAUGUCUCUUGAUUUAGGAAAACUGAUGAAAAUUAAAAGUUUUAUUACUAAAAAUUAAGAAGAAUAAUCUCCUUUGUUCAAUUUUAGGAGAUCUCUAUUCCAAAAGAUUAACUUUGAAGUAUUUUGAUUUAUUUUUAAAAUAGAUUAAAUUUAGUGAUAGUACACUUGCAUUAACUAGAUUUAAUCAGGGUGAAACUGAAAAACUUAAAUAAAUCAAAGAGAAAUCUAAAGUCUAUCAUUAAUAAGCAAGAAAAAGUAAAAACUUUUCUCCUCAAAAUUAAUAAAAGUGA